AUGAGCACUUUGAUGGAGAUAUGGAAGAUGGAAAUUGAGUUGCAAACGAAAACAAAAGGAUUGUAUACUACGGCAACGGAAUACCAGUUUGAGUCACAGACACUGAUGGAAUCAAAGAAGAUUACAACAAAUUGCAGAAUAUCCAAAGGAGGAUGGGAGGUGUUGCGUGGUUCUCUGGAUGUUUCUAGGGGUAAUGGCAGGGUAGGGGAGGAUGAUAGGGUGGGUGGCGGGCGAUUGGACUUUUCACCUACAUUGGGUGUUGUUGGUUCGAACAGUGUUCCAAAUGUUGUAGUGGUAUUGAGCUAA